UUACAAAGAUUUAAGAUAAUAAUUAAUAUUGCGUUAUUUCUUUUUAUAAAAGGUUAAUUGUUUUCGGAAGUGAUCAUUAGUAAUCGUUUUUUGGUUGGGAGGAGUCAAAAUAAUUUCAACUGACUUCAUCUAAAUUAAGAUGAGAUACCAACUGUUAGUUUUGCUGACAGCUCUAACCUCUCAAACAGCAUUUGCAAGAUGUCGACGUAUGGCCCGACGAAACCCUGUAAUGGCAGCUUUACAAAACAUCUUAACAUCUGGCAAUAGCAUGCCAGUACAAAUGCGAAACCGAAGAUUACCAGUAGAAACUAGCAUGCCAGUCAAUAUACCUUUGCCGUACAUAAGAAACGUACAACAGAAAUGCUCGUGCCAAUUGGAGCAGCCAUGCCAGACAGUGUUACCAGAAAUGAGAGUGCCAGAUAUACUAACAAUCCAGGAAAUAAGGAGGCAAGAAGACGCGAGGAUUCCAGAAAUAAGGAUGCCAGCAAUGAUUACCGAAUUGCCAAAGCAAUAUAUUCCGGAUAUGCCAGUCGCCUCUGUUAUGAUAUCACCUGCUAGGUUUCUGCCUGAAUUUAAUGAUAUGCCAUUGUUAAUACGAAAUAAUCCAGAAAUUACUAACGUGCCAGUAAUACAAGAAAGAUAUGAAUGUCCAUGCCCUCUACCAAAGGCCUUAGUUAACCCGUUUUUACCCGCAGCUUCGCCCGUCUCUGCAUAUGCACCGCCAACUUCUAAUUUACUACCACCUGCGACUCCUGGUCUAAGCAAAAAUCAGCACUUAAGAAGAAUACCUAUUCCACCACCUACAUUGUAGUAACUUUAAUUUUUAUGUAGUAAAGUAUUCAAACUGUUUAUUUAUUUAAUUAAUAAAAAAUGUGAUCAUAUAAUGAU